UUCCGUUCCGGCCGCAGAGGGAGGCAGCGAUGGAAGCGGCUCCGGGAGGGGACAGCGGCGCCAGCUGCAGGUUGGAGUUUGCCGUCCAGAUGACUUGCCAGAAUUGUGUGGAGGCCAUCCAGAAGUCUCUACAAGCAGUACCAGGCCUCCAGUUGCUUGAUAUCCAGCUGGAUUCACAGAGUGUGCUGGUGGAGACCAGCCUCACCACGGAGAAGGUCCAGAACCUUUUGGAAAGCACAGGUCGCAUGGCUGUGCUGAAAGGGAUGGGCGGUGCUGUGCCAGGGCCUUUCGGCAGUGCCGCUGUGGCCAUGGUGUCUGGCCUUGGAUUGGUGCAGGGCGUGGUGAGGUUCUUGCAGGUCUCGCCAGAGAAAUGCCUCAUAGAUGGCACCGUCGAUGGCCUGGAACCAGGGCCUCACGGCCUGCAUGUUCAUGAGUUUGGGGACGUCACCAGCGCCUGUGACAGCUGUGGAGACCACUUCAACCCCGACAGGGAACACCACGGAGGCCCACAGGACGAGCACAGGCAUGCCGGGGAUCUUGGAAAUAUUCUGGCCGCUGAUGACGGAAGAGCUGCUUUCCGGAUGGAAGACAACAAGCUGAAGGUCCACGAUAUCAUUGGACGCUCCUUGGUGAUAGAUGAAGGGGAGGACGACUUGGGCCGCGGAAGCCACCCCCUCUCCAAAGUCACUGGAAACUCAGGCGACAGAGUGGCUUGCGGCAUCAUUGCCCGUUCUGCUGGCCUUUUCCAGAACCCCAAGAAAAUAUGUACCUGUGAUGGAGUGACAUUGUGGGAAGAACGGGAGCGCCCUAUGGCCGGGCCGGGCCAGAGGGCCGCCAACCUGCCAACCCCUCAUCUCUAAGAUUUCCAGUUCUGCUGGUGUUCUUCUUGGGCUCGGAGUUUCCGAGAACUCUCCCCGUGGGGAGUCGGAAUAAUACCCCACCGUGCCUGGAGACUGUAAGAACGACCCCCUGAAAUUGCACAGAGAGGGGAAGUGGGAGGGAAGGAGAGAACACAGCAGCCAUGCGGACUUUGCUCCGUCUAGAAACAUUCCAAAAAGAAAGAACAGGUGUUUUCCCUUUGGGUGGCGGUAAAACACAGCACUAUUUUGCUAACGCACAAUUGUUUCGGCAGUGCUCUGCGAAUGCUUUUCUUUGUCGCUUGUACACCUUUCUUAUUGCUUGUCCUCCACACGCCCUUUGCAUACAGCUUAGUGGCAAUGCAGGGAUAGAAGCUUAACCCAUUUGAACAGGUCUGCGUAUCGUGCGGCGGCUCUCAAAGGCACAGGAGCCUUGCCGUGGAGGGAAAGGAAGAAACCUUCUCUUCCAUAUCAGGGCGCUCAUCCUUGCUAGGGCUGUGUCUGCCGUUAUCAAUUCAAUUUCUCAUCUGAAUUAAGAAAGAAGGGAAAGAAUCCAUCUUCUGUGGAUGGCGAAACUACUGUUUUAUUAAGAAUUGUUGUCCUUACAAUGCCUUUGGGGGCCAUACAUAAAUAAAUAGCAGUGCUAUCUUUUAAGUAUUUGUCAAGGUGUACAGAAAAGUGCCUUUAGCUCCUGACAAACUUGCUUUGAUUCUGAGGAUCUUUGCCUUAGGCCUUCGCUAGACCGAAGGAUUAUCCCAGGCAAAUGGAGGGGUCGUCCCUGCCUGCUCCCGGGAUCCCCUGUGUGUCAUUUGGAUGCACAGGGACAAUCCCGGGAUACAGAGCUGGUGUAGACGUGGCCUGAGUCUUUCCUUUGUGGUCAAGUUGUCUUGUGAGUCUAGGAGAUGUCAUUCCAACCAUUGACAAGAGCCUCUCCCUAUGACUCAAUACAAGUCGUAUAGACAAGCUAACUAGUUUUUUUUUUAUGAAUACAGAUAAGUCAGAGAGCGACUGGGGCUGCUUUUCCCCUUUAAAAGCAGUGCUUCGGGAGAGAAUUGUACGAGCAGCAGUAACAAUCAGAAUGUGGUCAGAGUUCUAAAAUGGGUGUGGCCGCACAGUCACCCUGCAAAGCUGCAAUCUGCUGAUAGCAUUGGCUGGACAUUAAGCUCAAUCAAGAAUAAAAUGUUUAACAAAAA